AUGACUCGCGCUCCGAACAUUCUCGUUACGGGUACUCCUGGCACGGGCAAAACGUCCAUGUGUCAGCAGCUCGCGGAACGUUCACAGUAUCUUUCGCAUGUAAAUGUCGGCGACUUGGUAAAGGAGCGUGGGCUUCACAGUGGUCGCGACGAAGAGUUCGACUGCUUCGUACAGGACGAAGAUAAAGUCUGCGAUGAGAUGGAGGAUUUGAUGGCGGAAGGAGGAAAAUUGGUGGAUUUUCAUACAUGCGACUUCUUUCCAGAGCGAUGGUUUGACCUCGUAGUCGUGCUACGUGUGGACAAUACGACGCUGUUUGACCGGUUACAAAAGCGUGGGUACUCGGACAAGAAGAUUGCCGAGAACGUCGAAUGUGAGAUCAUGGAAGUAGUGCUACAGGAAGCUCGUGAAAGCUAUGCAAUGGAGAUUGUGCAGGAGUUAUCGAGUCGAACAGUGGAGGAUAUGAAUAGCAACAUUGAACGUGUGCUCUUGUGGGUACAGCGUUGGAUGAUGCAGCAAGCUGGGACCUAA